CGCGGAUUGGCGGCGGGCGCGCGGGACGGUUGAGCCAUGGCGGCGGCAUGGCAGAGCCCCUACCUGAACAUCUUCAAGCAUUUCCGUGUGGAGGAAUGGAAGCGCUCCCACAAGGAGGGAGAUGUCACCACUGUGAUGGACAAGACGCUGAAGGGCACGGUGUAUCGCAUCCGGGGCUCCAUCCCUGCCAGCAACUACCUGCAGCUGCCCCGCACUGGUUCCCAGUCUCUGGGGCUGUGUGGCCGUUAUCUCUACCUGCUGUUCCGGCCCCUGCCCCGCAAGUACUUCGUGGUGCACCUGGAUGUGGCUACUGAGGAGAACCUGGUGGUGCGCGUCUCCUUCUCCAACCUGUUCAAAGAGUUCAAAUCCACGGCCACGUGGCUGCAGUUCCCCUUCAUCUGUGGGGCAGCCAAGGGUUCGCUGCGUGACAGCACAGCCAGGGCUUCCAGGCAAGGUUCUUUGUCUGCAGACCUGGUGGGAGCAGCCCCUGCCAACGCACGCUGGACCUGCCUGGUGCUUGACCUGCACUAUGUGCUCUCCCUGUACCUGAGCCGGCGGUACAGCCACCUGAGGAGCAUCAAGCUCUGCUCCAACCUGCUGGUCAAAAACGUCUGCACGAGCGACUUGCUGUUUGAGCCAGGAGUGACGCUCUCUGAAGCCCGCCGUGCCAGCCCAGCCUGCCAGGGGGCCACUCCAAUGCCACGGGACAUGGCCUUCCCAGUGCCCAAGGGAGGAAAAUGGCACGACCACUACGACUACAUCAGGUUCCCACCCGAUGGCUCCAGUCUGCCGUAUGACUCCAUCCAGAGGAGCUGCUCCAGUCCUGUGGCAGGUGGCCACAACUCAGAGGAGCCUCUUGGCCAGCUGCCCCAGCCGGUGACGCUCACCAAAGCGGUUCGAGACCGGCUGUCCCUCAUCCAGCAGAUCACCAGUCCCAAGGCUAUGCCACACCGGUGUGCUGCAGCUGCAGGAAGCAUCCCUGAGGUUCACCUGGCAGUCCCUGAGGCCCUGCGUGUUGGGGAGCAGGAGGCAGAGGAUGGGAUGCUGCGUGGCAUGGGGGACUCCGUGCGGUCCCUGGCUGUCAGUGAUGGUGGCAUCCAUGUGUAUGCACACCAGAGGAGCGAGCGAGCUGCCCAUGCCACCCAAGCAGGCUCAGAGGAGGGCGUGCACAGGAAGGGCCCAGGAGCAGAUGCACCAGCCAGUGGGAGAGCCUCUCGCUGCAGGAGCUUCUUACCAGAUCCUAUCCUGAAGCUGAGGAAGGUGAUUGGCUUUGGAGGCUGCAGCACCAAGUGGGCGCUGUGGACUCGGAACAGCUCUGCAGUGGUGUACCCCUGCCACGCAGUGAUAGUAACCCUGCAGAUUCAGACUGGCGAGCAGAGGUUCUUCACUGGCCACACAGAUAAGGUGUCAGCGCUGGCGUUCAAUGGCAGCAGCACCCUGCUGGCCUCGGCUCAGGAGGGUCCCCUGGGUGUGCUGCGCCUCUGGGACUUCCCCAAAGGCAGCUGCGUGGCUGUGUUCCAAACCCACGUGCGGGCCGUGCUGUCCCUCAGCUUUUCCUACAGUGGAGCCGUUCUCUGUGGCGUUGGAAAGGAUCGACAUGGCAAAACGAUGGUGGUGGUGUGGAACACUGCCCAGGUGACCCGUGGUGGAGAGGUGUUGGUGCUGGCCAGAGCGCACACGGAUGUGGACAUCCAGACCUUGAAGAUUGCUUUUUUUGAUGACACCAGGAUGGUGUCGUGCGGCCGGGGCAGCGUGAGGCUGUGGCGAGUGCGGAACGGAGCGCUGCGCUCCUGUCCUGUCAACCUGGGCGAGUACCACGCACUGGAGUUCACUGACCUGGCCUUUGAGGAGGGCAACUCGGCUGCCCGUGAGCCUGACGACCGCACGCUAUUGGAUAUUAGGAACAAUUCCUCAGGAAGAAUGGGGAUGCAGUGGCACUACUGCCCAUGGAAGUGGGGGAGUCGCCGUCCCUGGAGCUUCGUCUGCAGCAGGAGUGGCCACGUCCUGGAGGUGGACUACAAGAACGUCUGCGUGCGGAGUGCGCGGCGGCUGCUGCCUGCACAGCUGCAGGAUGGGGCAGGCCCUGGGAUCGCUAUAAACAGUAUCAGCAUCUCCUCAAGCCUUUGUGCCACGGGCUCAGCAGACGGCUACCUGCGGCUGUGGCCGCUGGACUUCUCAGCUGUUGUCCUUGAAGCAGAGCACGAGGCUCCGGUGAGCUCUGUCUGCAUCAGCCCUGACGGCCACAAAGUCCUGUGCACGACCACAGCCAGGAAUCUGGGCUACCUGGACAUCCAGUCCCGGGGCUACAGCACCCUGAUGCGCUCCCACGAGGAUUCCAUCUUGGCCUUCUCAGUGGAGGGAGUUUGGAAGCAGAUGGCGACGGUGUCUCGAGAUAACACCAUCCGGGUGUGGGACCUCGUGUCCAUGCAGCAGCUGUACGACUUCACAGCUGCUGAUGAGAUGCCGUGUGCUGUGUCCUUCCACCCCACCCAGAGGAUCCUCGCCUGUGGAUUCGACAGCGGCGUGGUGCGGACCUUCAGCUUGACUGCCUCUGACCUGCUGGCAGAGCACAAACAGCACCGCACUCGGAUUGCUGGGCUCACCUUUUCUCCAGAUGGCAACUUCAUGUUCAGCUCCUGUUUGCAGGGAACUCUGGCUCUUUAUAGCUGUGUGGCACAGAAAAGCCAGGUCCUGAGAGUCCUGGGUAACGUGGUGGCCCGGGAUGCUGGCAGUGGUCCUGAUGCUUUGGUGCUCAGUGGGGACAGCUGCCUCCUGGCCUUCGUGGGGCCCUCCAAGUACGUUGUGACCGUGAUGGAGGCCUGCUCUCUGGAUGAGCUGCUGAGGGUGGACAUCAGCAUCCUUGAUGUGAACAGUACGGCCUUGGACUCUGCAGUGAGAAUCUGCUUUGCUCCUGUGUCGCAAGGAGAGCUCCUGGUGUCCACUUCUUCCAACAAAAUCCUUGUGCUUGAUGCAAAAACAGGACGGCUGGUGCGAGAGGUGUCCCCCGUGCACAAGUUGUCCUGCUCUUCCUUGGCACUGAGUAAGGAUGCCAGGUACCUGCUCACUGCUGGCGACAAGGUUAUCAAAGUGUGGGACUACCAGAUGCGCUUCAGCAUCAACUUCCAGGUGUACAUUGGCCACUCAGAGCCUGUGUGCCAGGUGGCCUUCACCCCAGACCAGCGGCACGUCGUCAGUGUUGGAGAUGCCAUCUUCCUCUGGGAUUUCCUAGCUGUACCUGCAGAGGGGUCUCCCCCAGCCCUGACUCGUUCCUCUGAGUCCCCUCUGCUGCUGGCAGCAGAAAAGAGCUCUGAGAAGCUAAAGGAUGUGUCUGACGUACCUCGGCAGACAAUUCCUCUUCCACUGUUGUCCUCACCACCAUGUCUGGAUGUCAGCCCUGUCCACACAGCGGGAUGUCAAAGUAUUUUCUCAGAGUCAGACAGAGAGGAGGAGGCCUGUCUGCCUGGCAGAGCAGUGGAGAAUGGAGACAAAGACUCCUCAGUCUUUGUGGCAGAGGCGGCCAGGAGCGAGGAUCUUAUUGUUGUGAGACCCAAAGUGAGGCCAGAGAGCUGCAGGCCUGCUGCACCAUCAGCACAUGAACCCAGAAAGGAGACCAGCAGUCCCCAGUCGCAGUGCUGCGUCCGCCCGGAUUCCUACCGGCAUUUCACUCCUCACUUUAAGGCCUCUGUGCUCCCCCAGAGUUUUUUAUCUCCUCCAGCUGGCAACGAAGUCCUGAAGCUGAAAGCAGUAAUUGGCUACAAUGGAAAUGGCAGAGGGAACAUGGUGUGGGACCCGGACACAGGUUUCUUCGCCUACACCUGUGGCUGCAUCAUCGUGGUUGAAGACCUGCACUCAGGAUCACAGAAUCACUGGCUUGCUCAUGCAGAAGAGAUCUCUACACUUGCUGUCAGCCACGAUGCCCAGGCUCUGGCUUCUGCCUCGGGAAAGAGAGAUGGAGACUCCCAUUGUCAGAUCUGCAUCUGGAACACCCAGGAUGGGAUUUGUACAGCAAGUCUCUUCCACCACAAGACACAAGUCCAAGCCAUGGCAUACUCUCGGGAUGACAGGUUCCUUGCUACCAUUGGGGACUACAAUGAUCAAACCAUUGCUCUGUGGAGUACCUACACUUAUGAACUCCUGUCAUCGACUCGUAUCUCCGAGCCAGUCCAUGACAUGGCUUUUAGUCCUUUUUCUCACAGAGAAAUGGCCUGCGUGGGGAAGGGAGCACUUACGUUUUGGCUGCUGGAGCAGCACGGGGCUGACAUCAAUCUCAAGGUUCAUAGGGCCCCUGCACCUGAAGUGUUUGGGCCGGUGGAGCUGACAUCCCUCUGCUAUGGGGCUGACACCCUUCUUUACAGUGGGACCAACUCAGGCCAGGUGUGCGUGUGGGACACGGAGACCAACAGCUGCUUCAUGAUGUGGGAGGCUGAUGAGGGCGAGAUCGGUGUGCUGGUGUGCCGCUGCAACAGGCUGGUGAGCGGCAGCAACGCGAAGCGCAUCCGCCUGUGGGCAGUGGGGGCCACGCAGGAGCUGAGGCCGAAGGGGCCCAAGGCCAGACCUAGCUCAGUCCUGCUAGAACAUGAGAUCACCCUGGAUGGGACGAUAGUCAGCAUGGCCUUCGAUGACUCUUUAGAAAUGGGGAUUGUGGGCACCACAGCAGGAACACUGUGGUACAUCAACUGGAAGGAGAGCACAAGCAUCCGGCUCAUCAGCGGCCACAAAAGCAAGGUGACCGAGGUGUCCUUCAGUCCUGAUGAGACUCUCUGUGCCACGUGUGGGGAAGAUGGCAGCGUGAGGGUUUGGUCCCUCAGCAGAAUGGAGCUGGUGGUACAGUUUCAAGUGCUGAACCAGAGUUGCCAGUGCCUGGCCUGGAAGCCUCACCCCAACGUUGCAUGGGAAGCUGAGAGUCAGCAUGUGGUGGCAGGAUACAGUGAUGGCACCAUCCGUGUCUUCAGUAUUUCCAGGACAGAGAUGGAGCUGAAAAUGCACCCCCAUGCCACCGCACUGACAGCAAUUGCCUACUCCACAGAUGGAGAAAUGAUCUUAUCAGGGGGCAAGGAUGGAAUCGUGGCUGUCAGCAGCCCUCGCACUGGAAUGACCAUCCGCAUCCUUGCUGACCACAAAGGCUCUGCUAUCACCGUCCUGCAGUGCAUCAGGAAGCAGUACCAUGACUUUGGGGUGGAAGGAGCUGAGCUGUGGCUGGCUACCAGCUCAGACCGCCGGGUCAGCGUUUGGGCCUCCGACUGGCUGAAGGAUAAGUGUGAGCUCCUCGACUGGCUUAGCUUCCCUGCUCCUGCCAGCCCCGAGUCACCCAGGAGGGGAGGGAUGCCUCGAGGCUUUGAGAAGGAUGGGUGCAAACAGUGAGUCCGCUUAGCAAGGUGAUUUUCAUGGGUUCUGCUGCUCGUGGGAUAUCUUACUCGUGCACCUUUGAGGUGUUGACAGGCAGUGUGAGCUGCUUAUGGUGCUCCUUAACCACUGGGAAGCACUGAUUGUAUGAGCAAGAAGAGAAAAAACUGCGUUCACACAGCUGAUACUCCUGUGCUGUGUGAAACUGAGCACAGCCAGGAGCCAGCACAGGCAGUGUGCAGAUGAGAGACCUAACGAUGAGCAUCCUGCUGAUUGACACUGCCAAUGAGCUGAAUAUCCUGAACCAGGAGCCCAGUGACUGUGAACAGAGCCAAAUACUCCUGCUCCAGCCCUGAGUCUCCGUUACUUUGCAGAGCUGGCUGCAGACCAGUCAAAGUCAGGGAUCUGAGCAGAAUGAUGUUGCUAGAAAACGGAGGGGUUCUGUAUGGGACAGGAUAUUGGCCCCUUGUGUACCUGACAUUGGCAUGCAAGAGGAAGGUGGGCUUUUCUGAUCCUCACCUGCUGCCCCCAGGCCCACGCACACUGCAGGCUGUUCCAGGUCUCCCCAUGGUGAAUUUGGGAAGGACUGAUCUUGCAUCCCAUACUAACGAUGUAUC